AUGGCGGUGAUCCGGGCCCGCCGCGUUUGGAGUUUCCGAGCAGGUCCGCCGCGCAGGACGAGCGAGUCGGACCAUGAACGCGCUGAUCCCGCGUCCAGCAGCGAGCGGGGUUCCCCGAAUCCACCGGGGCGCACGGAGGAGCCGCGGGACGGGAGCGUAACGGACGACAGGGAGGAGGAGGAUGCACGAGAGGAUGCAGGUGAUUUGAAAGUGGUGCGGAAGAAGAAGACGCGCACCGUGUUCAGCCGCAGCCAGGUCUUCCAGCUGGAGUCCACCUUCGACCUGAAGCGCUACCUGAGCAGCUCGGAGCGGGCGGGGCUGGCCGCGGCGCUGCAGCUCACCGAGACGCAGGUCAAGAUCUGGUUCCAGAACCGCCGCAACAAGUGGAAGCGGCAGGUCACGGCGGAUCUGGAGACCGGCGCCGGCGGCGGAGGAGCCGGCGCCGUCCCCUUCGCCGGCCAGAGGCUGGUCCGAGUUCCCGUGCUGUACCGCGAGAGCGUGGCCACGCCCGCGGCCCUGAGCGGCCUGCAGCACGUGUCGCCCUCGGCCGUCGGCUUCUCCAGCUCUGUGAACUUUCCUCUGAGCCACUUCGCUCAUCCGGUGUCCUUCCUCACGCCGCAGAUGACGGGACUGGUGUGACUGCAGGAAGCACAGA